AUGAAUCUGACCCACCAAUCUGAAGCAGAGAUGGAUCCAGAGGAGGGGCUGUGUCCACAGAGUCCUGGUCCCGAUGUUCCUCCUGAUGUUUCCCCAGAGGUCCUCCUCCAGCUCCUCUCUCACGCAGAGACCAGGACUCUGGGACAUGUCCUGCAGAUGGUUCAGGACUGUCCCGCUCUGGUUCAGGACCAGAGCACUGUGGAUCGAGCAGUGGACACUGUGGUGUGUGUCUGGGUGAACCACGGCGACUGUGAGGUGGUCCUGUUGGGGAUGGAGCUCCUCUCGGCUCUGGUCUCUCUUCUGCAGGAGGCUUUCAGGACUCAGGUGGCCACAGUUCUGCCGAGCCUCAUGGAUCGUUUGGGAGACGUCACAGAGAGAGUGCGAGAGCAGGACCAGGCUCUGCUGCUAAAGAUCAUGGACCAGGCAGCCAAUCCCCAGUUCGUGUGGGAGCGGAUGAUGGGAGGCUUCAAACACAAGAACAGCAGAACAAGAGAAGGACUGUGUCUGUGCUUGAUGUCCACUCUGAACGUAUUUGGGUCGCAGAGUUUGACGUUGAGCAAAAUCGUGCCUCACAUCUGCAGUUUGUUGGAGGAUCUGAGUAGCGCGGUAAGAGGCGUGGCACUGAACUCUCUGGUGGAGAUCUAUCGUCACGUGGGAGAGAAAGUGCGGAUUGACCUUGGGUCGGUUCGAUGA